AUGGAUAUGUCAACAGCGACUACCACUACUUCCAGUAUGGCCAUGUCAUCCACCUCCGACAUGAGUUCAACAGAUAUGGUCUUCAACACCAACAACCUCAGUGCAAUGUUAUUCUCUCAAGCCUGGAUGCCAACUACGACCGCCGGAUACGUUGGAACUUGGCUUUUUCUCUUCUUCCUAGCCAUCAUAUGGCGAGCCUCUGCCGCUUCACUUGCCAAGCUCGAUGCCUUCUGGGCUGCUAAAAAUGCGAGAUACUCGAUUCUCAUCAAUGGAGGUCAGGACCAGCCUACGCAAAAAGACUUGGUACAAGCAUGGAGACUAUCGGUCAAUUUACCCCGAGCAGCCUUGCGUAUGAUACACCAAGGAAUUGCAUACCUAUUAAUGAUUGCGGUUAUGACGAUGAAUGUUGGCUUCUUCUUCGCUGUGCUUGUGGGGUACUUUUUUGGUGAAUUGAUAUUUGGUCGAGUCUCACGAGGGGAUUAA